UCUAUCCUUGGUACUCACCAGUUGGAUAACCUCUCCCUUUUUUCUUUGUUUCAUCCUUAAGUUGCGUGUAGGUAUAGAAACUGGUUUGAAAAUUUCACUUUCUAUUCCACUUUAUUGUCUUGAAAACGACGACACCAUGAUGGUCCAUCAUCAUCUUCCUCUCGUGUUGCUACUCUUGUGCUGCCUGUCUUUUCACGCUUCCGGCAGCCGAGUCAACAUAACCAACAACGGUUAUCGAGAUAUUGUCAUAGCCAUUUCACCCGAUGUCAAAGCAGAUCAUGCUGACGAUUUAUUGGACAAAAUUAAACUACUUAUCACCGAAGCUUCUGCUGUUUUGUACGAAGCCACACGGCAUCGAUCCUACAUCGAGUCCGUUAACAUUUUGAUACCCCAGACGUGGGUAAAUGUCACAGCCAACGCCAGCACUUGGGAAAAUUUUCAGGACGCCGAAAUUCAAAUUGACCUUUCGAAUUGGAAAUUUGGAGACAGACCAUACACCGUGCAAUUGGGGGGAUGUGGUGAUCCUGGCGAGUACAUUCACCUGACGCCCGAUUACGUCAUGAAUUUCGAUUCGGAAUUCAACAUAUUUGAGUUUGGGCCAGCAGGCAAGGUUAUUGUCAGAGAAUGGGCUCGACUGCGUUACGGAGUGUUUGAAGAGCAUGGCUACACGGGCGAUGAAACUCCCUUCCCAAUGUUCUACCGGUCAGCAUCUACCCAACAAUCGACUGAUUUGGUGCCUAAUGUUUGCUCUGACAAGCUGGUCGAGUUUAAUUAUGAUUACGGCUGUCACGUCGAUCCGCAAACUGGCCUUUACGACACAAAUUGCACCUACAGUUUCCCCGACCAGUUCAAACCAGUAUCGUCAAUCAUGUCUGAUUAUAGAAUGCUAUCAUCGGCAAUGCAUUUCUGUGACGACGAGGAAUCCAGUGUUCACAAACACAAUCGAGAAGCACCAAACAAGCAUAACGCUGUUUGCGAUACGCAAAGUGUCUGGUCGGUGAUUUCACGUCACGCCGAUUUUGUUGGAAAUAAUAAUUUGCCGACCAACAUCAUCGCUAAUUCGAAGCCAACAUUUAAUGUUGUCCGAGUUUUUGAUGGAGCUCGUUACGUGCUCGUUACUGACGUCUCGUCAAGCAUGACUUCUUCUGAUCGCAUUGGGAGAUUGUAUGAUGCCGCUCGUCGUUGGAUUCAGUACGACAUUCCUGAUGGAACUUCGUUAGGAAUCGUCAAGUUCCAUUCCUAUGCGACCGUGCUAAGUAACUUGACUGUGGUCAAUGAUGAAACAAGACAGCAACUGAUGGACAAGGUACCCAACAGAACAGAGGGAUCAACGUGUAUCGGCUGUGGACUUCAAUAUGCAAUUAAUAUUCUAAAACCGAGUGGUAACGGAGGGGUUAUCGUAUUGGUGACCGACGGCGGGGAGAAUGUAUAUCCGUACAUUAGAGAUGUAACUCCUGCGUUGAUUGCCGCUCAAAUUCAAGUGGUAUCCAUCGCAUUUGGUCGUGAUGCUGAGAAUGAAAUUGAGAAUUUGGCGACAAAAACCAACGGAAAAAGCUAUUUUAUCAACGAUAACGGCAGCAACGACGAACUAAAUGACGCUUUCACAGGAUCGUUGACCUAUCUACCGGCAGUACCAUCGGAGAACUUAACUGUUUUGUUGUUUCAGAAAAAAUACCAAAAAGGGAAUCAAUUCCAAGAUUCGGUCAUUGUUGACUGGACGGUUGGCCGGAAUCUCACCUUCCGCGUCGACUACACAAACAAAAAUUACUUGCAGGGCUUUUCUGUCAAGUCCCCAAGUGGGCAGGUGUACAGCGCUCUCACUUAUGAUGACCCUGCCAAAAUGGCUUACAUAGAGAUUCCCGGAGUAGCCGAAGAUGGCAUUUGGAAUUUCACGUUGACCGUCGGUACAAGCUCCUCAGACUACGUCAAUGUCAUCGUCACGACGAAAUCGAAAUCCGACUCGGCCCCAAUUACCGUGGAAUGUUCUGUCCCUAGUGGAACAGUCGUCGUGGAUGCUGCUAUUACCCUUGUCCGACUUGUCGCUGUUGUUAAGCAAGGACGUAACCGAGUCAUUGGAGCCAACGUUCAGGCUUACGUGGAGAGACCUGACACUGCCCUUCAAGUGAUAGAUCUGGUGGAUACUGGGGUCGGAGCCGACACAGCCAAGAGCGACGGCAUCUAUUCACGCUUCUACAUAGAUCUCACCCAAGCUGGACGUUAUACUUUGGUGUGCGUCGUCAACGGCUCGCAGUCUUCGUACAUCGACGACGGUGAAGACCAACAGCAACGCACCACAAUGGGAGAAUUCAAUCGGGUUCAAUCCGGUGGAGCUUUCAGGGUGGAAAAACCGUUGGUGACAACCUAUCCACCUAGUCGGGUGACAGAUUUGAAAAUCGUUUCUAUGCAAGUCGAUCAAAUGUCUGUGACAAUUGAAUGGACGGCAACCGGUCAACAAUUGGAUCAAGGGAUCGCGAAGGAGUAUCAGAUCAAAUAUUCAAAUGUAUUCGACCAUCUUAUGGACAACAAUUUUAAUUCCACCUUGGCUGUGCAAUUUGGACCACAAGACAUUGUCGAUGGAAGUUUGCAACCGCUCCAAUCCGGCAGCAAGCAACGCGUGUCCUUUUCUCUUCCAAAAGCCCCCGAAAACGUAACGUAUUACAUUGCUGCGAGAGCCAUUAACGACAAGAGCGCUUCGAGCAACACAUCUAACAUCGUCUCCGUCCAAAUCGUUCGUGUAAAACCACCGCCGACCCAACCACCAACGACUAGAGCAACGACAACUACCACAAAGGCCCCAGAAAUAACCACCAGCGUAAACACGGGGUGUAAUAGUGUAUUAACGAGCUCCAGUGGUUUGUUGACAUCUCCCGACUACCCAGGCCCCUAUCCGAAUAACUAUGAUUGCAAAUGGACCGUUCGAGUGGCUCCUCCAUCUAAAAUCCGGUUGACUUUCAGCCAUUUUGAUAUCGAGAGUCCAUACGACUUUGUCGAAGUAUAUGACGGUCCCUCCACCUCCUUUGGCCACCUUUUGUUAAAACACACUGGCGCGACUGUACCUGGAGUCGUGGUUUCCUCGUCCAACGAAAUGCUGGUGCGCUUCGUUACUGAUGGGACAGGUAAUUAUUUCAGGGGAUGGAGAGCUACUUACACUAGCGCUUGAUCAUUUCAAUGGUUAAAAAUUGUAUUGUUAACUUCCUUCAGCGCCAAGUAGUGAGCAAUUAGUUUCAGUAAAUACACAAUAAUUUCAGCAGCAACAUAAA